AUGCUUCUCCAACCCACCAUCCCAAAACCUCCUCCAAAUUAUCCCAGACAGAAUCACUGCAAUGUUUACGCUUCAAAUGCGCUCUCGUUCUCAUCUGGGCUCCUUCAAAAUUCAUCCUUUUCUCUGAAAAGAUCCAUCUUAUACACCACCGGCUAUAAAACCCAUGACGAAAACGCAGUUUUUGUUACUUGUUUAUCGACACCACAGGUUAACAGCCGCGGAACAGUUGACUACGAGAGGAAGGCCUUGCUCAGUUGGGGGGACAUUUACAAUGAAGUAUAUGUGCUGAAAUACCCGGAUUCUGGGGUUGCUGCAGUGUUAAGUCGGAUCGAAAAUGAGGGGAGGAAAAUAAAAAAAUGGGACCUUUCCAAAGUUGUGAAGGAGCUCAGAAAGUUAAAGCGGUUCAAACACGCGCUUGAGAUAUAUGAAUGGAUGAAUAACAUGCCACAGAGGUUCAGAACAACCUCCAGCGACGCUGCCAUCCAGCUCGACCUCAUUGCGAAAGUGCACGGCAUUUCGAGCGCCGAACAAUACUUCCAAAAUAUUCCAGUCGCCUCAAUGGACAAUAGAAUAUAUGGCUCCCUUCUAAAUGCGUAUGUCCGCUCAAUGAUGAGGGAAAAAGCUGAGUCCCUAAUGGACGAAAUGAGAAACAGAAACUACGCCAACCACAUUCUCCCUUUCAAUGUGAUGAUGACCCUCUACAUGAACCUCAAAGACCACGAGAAAGUGGAGUCGUUAAUAUCAGAAGUAUUGGGGAAAGGGAUAUCGCCCGAUAUGUAUACCUACAACAUAUGGCUCUCUUCCUGUGGGUCCCAAGGCUCCCUGGAUAAAAUGGAGCAAGUUUAUCAGCAGAUGGAGCUCAACAACUCCAUAGAUCCAAACUGGUCAACUUUCAGCACGAUGGCCGUGAUGUAUAUUAAAUCGGGUCUCCUGGAGAAAGCCGAGGAGUGUCUGAGGAAACUCGAGGAUGUGAUGAUUAUGGGCCGGGACCGUAGGCCUUACCACAAUCUCAUGACCCUAUAUGGUACUAUGGGCAGGAAGGAGGAGGUUUAUCGAAUAUGGAACACUUACAAGGCCUCGUUUGCAAAUAUCCCUAACUAUGGGUAUCACGCGGUGAUUUCAGCCCUUAUCCGAUCAAAUGACAUCGAGGGUGCUGAGAAGAUGUAUGACGAGUGGCUUUCGGUAAAAUCGGCUUUUGACCCGCGGAUAGGUAAUCUGCUCUUGAGCGCUUAUUUGAGAGACGGGCUUUCCCAAAAGGCGGAGACUUUGUUCGACCAGAUGACCGAGAUGGGAGGGAAACCCAGCCCGUUUACAUGGGAGAUACUCUUGGAGGACCAUAUUGCAAAAAUGAGAAUCCCUGAAGCCCUCUCUUGCCUGAAAAAUGCGGCCUUGGCUGAGUGGUCAGUAAGCUGGAAGCCGAGGCAUCAAAUUGUGUCCAAAAUUCUCGAGAUUGUGGAAAAAGGUGAUGAUGCAGAGGCUAAGGAGACAUUGUUGGAGAUCUUGAGGCAGGUGGGCUGUCUUGAUGACGCAGCUUACAUUUCGAAUAUACCUUUGUUGGGUGGUGAGAAGUUUUGUGGAGGUGAGGAUGGGAAUUUUGUGCUUCUUGAUCAACUACAGGAGAGCUUAAGGUUGGCGUCAUCAAACCCAGCCCAGUGGCUGGAGAAGAAGAUUCGUCGGUCGAGUAGAUUCGUGCCCUCGGUCCUUCACUCCUCGUCAAGGGCCAAUAACGCAAUCGACUUGAAAAACUACUGGUUUGUCAAAUUGGAGCUGAAAAUAGAACAACUCUCAGAGAGCCAUCACCUUCUAUGGCCGUCGGUUUGGGGAAAUUUUGCUACAGUGAGAGCGAGCGCGGUGUCAGCGGCCUCCUCUGUGGGAAUGGUGACGCAACGCUCGGAUAAGAUGGAGAGACUCGAUAGGGCAGUUCUUGGUGGAGUUGCGCGUACGUUCGUGGAGGGGGGGAGGGGAGAUGCCGAAGGAGAUGUUGGAGAGCUUCUCAGCGACGACGGCGGUGGUGUUGUCGAUCUGAAGUGA